UACGCCGGAUCUGCUCUCUUGUUUGAAACGAAAUGGGGACUGUUUAAUUGCAUCGAUAUCAUUGCCAUCGAUUACAUUACACAUUCACACUUAUUGCUGGGAGAAACGUCGCCGAUUAUACAGAAAUACCCGGAUCCCGUUUUUGUAUCACCGCGAACGAUCCAUGUUUAAAUAGCAUAGAAUCUUCUGAUCGGUGAAAAAUGGCUACCUGGGCAGAGGACGAAAUUGGUCGGAAAUGGGAUCGGUGUUUUACGGACGCGCUCUUUAAAUUCGGAGGAGGAAUUCUUCUCGGAGGAGUGUUCUCCCUAUUUUUUUUCAAACGAAGAAAAUGGCCCGUUAUAACUGGGGCUGGCUUCGGUUUAGGUAUGGCAUACGCUAAUUGUCAAGAGGAUUUAAAUUCAACGGUGAAACGACAGCAUGCAAGAGACUGCAAACCAGGUGAAAAGACUAAGCCAGAGGAAAAGAAAGGUUCUUAGCAAUCUUUCUAUUGAAUGAAAAUUGUUAUGCUGUUAACAAACAACAUGCAAUACACCGAUAAACUAGUUGUACUUGUAUCAUAGUGUCAUACAUAAUAAAAUCUAUCAUCAGUUUUAAAUGAGAUCGAUUUAAAACACAAGGAUUUCUGUAUGAGAGGCGCAUAAAUACAAACGUACAUAUUUAUUAUCUGUUUUGCUGCCUUUAGCAUUUAAACAACUGGAUAUUUAAUGAAAUAUAAAUAAAGCGAUCUUUUUAUAUAUUCA